GUCUGAGUGACACCGAAGUGAACACCAAAAAAGCACAAUUUGAAAAACAAUGUUCAAGAAUAAAUGAAGCCGAUAAUUAAUAAAUUAUGUUUAUUUGUCGUAAAAAACUUCGCAAUGUCAUAAUAAUAACUAUAGGCCUUCUCUUAGUUUUAGGUAUAUACAAAACAUUUGCCAAUGAAUCAUACUCCAAUGAAAUCAAUAAAAAAAAUGUCGUUGAGAAAAAGGCGAAAGUCAUAGAUUAUUACGAUAACCCCAAGGAAAAUGACAUAUACAAAUCCCAAACAUUUGGAGCAGUAGAUAACAAUGUUAAGAACAUGGAUGAGGCUAAAAAACGAAUUUUCGAGCUGGAAAGCAAAUUGCGAGAGUUGGAAGCACGUAUGCCGAAAAAACAUCCUGAUGUCAGGUUCUUAAAUUAUCAAGCUCGAAAGAGAAUUUUAAUCACUGGAGGUGCAGGCUUUGUGGGAUCUCAUUUAGUAGAUCUUCUUAUGAUGCAAGGCCAUGAAGUUAUUGUCGCAGAUAAUUUUUUCACAGGUCGCAAACGUAAUGUAGAGCAUUGGCUUGGACAUGAAAAUUUUGAGUUGAUUCAUCACGAUAUUGUAAAUCCAUUAUACAUAGAAGUAGAUGAAAUAUAUCAUUUAGCAAGUCCUGCUAGUCCUCCUCAUUACAUGUAUAAUCCUGUUAAAACUAUAAAAACAAACACCUUAGGAACUAUUAACAUGUUAGGUCUUGCCAAAAGAGUCAGUGCUAAAGUUCUAAUAGCAAGUACAUCCGAAGUGUAUGGAGAUCCUGAAGUCCACCCACAACCGGAAACAUAUUGGGGUCAUGUCAAUCCAAUAGGUCCCAGAGCUUGCUAUGAUGAAGGGAAACGUGUAGCUGAAACUUUAAGUUAUGCUUAUGCAAAGCAAGAGAAAGUCAAUGUACGUGUGGCAAGAAUUUUCAAUACAUAUGGGCCCCGAAUGCAUAUGAAUGAUGGGAGAGUAGUUUCCAAUUUUAUAUUACAAGCAUUAAGAAAUGAACCCAUUACUGUAUAUGGUAAUGGAAGCCAAACCAGAUCCUUCCAGUACAUCACGGAUUUAGUGGAUGGGUUAGUGGCUCUGAUGGCUUCAAAUUAUACACAACCUGUAAACAUCGGUAAUCCUAUUGAGCACACAAUUGAAGAAUUUGCAGUAAUAAUAAAAGAUAUAGCAGGAGGUAGUAGCAGAAUAUUAAAAACUGCAGCGGUGGAAGAUGAUCCCCAACGUAGAAAACCUGAUAUUACAAGGGCACGUGAAAUUUUGAAUUGGUCACCAAAGAUUUCGCUGCAUGAAGGUCUGCAAAAGACAGUAAAUUAUUUUAAAAAAGAAUUACAGCGUUCAAGCCAUACUCAAAGAAAUGUUUUUUAUCCUGAAAGUAUAAAUGACGUAUUAGCUGCUAAUUAAAUUUUAUUUUGUGACGAAUGCUCACUAAUUGUAUAUAAUUAAAUCAGAUUAAAAUGUGUUAAAAGCAAAUUGCUGAAUUACAUUCAUAAUACAUUUUUCUAAUGAACAAGAUUUAUGCUUAUCAGAAGCAA